CUCCCAUUCUUCGAUGAGUCCCCAAAUACAUUUAUCACUUCUAGGUAAAAACGGAAUGGCCACUCUUUUUCCUCAAGAGCUAAUCGACACAAUUAUCGAUAACUUGGCGGAUGAUCAUGCUGCGCUCAAAUGCAUGUCUCUUACCAGUCGGGCUUUCUACCCUCGAACACGUAUCCACUUGUUCAGAAAAGUCGAACUGGACGGAGACAAGCAUGCUGAGAGAUUUGUCGCACUAUGUCGCGACUUUCCGCAUAUCCCCCCCUUGGUUGUGUCCCUCUCUGCUUCUUCCUGUUGGUCCAAAUCAGAGGACCAGUUGACGCCGUUCCCAAUUUUGCCUUCUUUAAGGAAUAUAACAGUUCAAGAAUUCUGGGAGGAUGGUAUCAAAGCGCCAUUGACGCUAUCACAUAACCAAUCCUAUAUCUCAGCCACGUUCUUGUGGGUAGAAGGGUUCCCCAAAAUUCUGGAAAUGAUUGGAGGAUCUCCAGAGCUUCAGCACUUGGCGCUUUUAUCCGUUACCACAAAUCCAGAAAAUCUCCCCGCUCAAUACGCAGACUUCCAGAAAUACAUCCUCUUCGAAGGGCAUUCUUUGCGUCCCGAAAGCUUCGCCAUCGAAUUCCCCUUUGAAGAAUUAUAUGAUAUUCUGCUAUCUCCACAGAGUGUUAUCUCUUUCGAACGCCUUCGCGAUUUUGCGAUAUCUAUCAUGAAUGAAGACGACUUGGAUUUCGCUGUCACGGUCGUCAAAGCGACAGUCAACACGUUGCAAAAUUUGAGGAUCCAGAUCAACUGGAACAGGAAGGUUCCCAUUUGGCCGUAUGGCUUUAUGCUAUCGCACAUCCAUACCAUUGAUAUAAUCGCAUUCUGUCCUGGUCUAGCGCACAAAGGUUCCCAAGAUGACCUAGACUGCUGGAUGAUGGACUGCCUCACUACGAAAACCAACCUACUAGAGAAAGCUACAAUUCGCUUUUCGACUCCAAAUUUGGGCAUGGAACCUCCCAGCCUCUCAGACUGGGAUAAUGUCCUAACGGGAGAGCUUAUGCCAUCGUUUCGCCUGCUCAAUGUUCAAGUGAUUCAUGGGCACGAUGUCCUCGAUCCCUCUGUGGAGGGAAUAUUUAGGACGAAGGUUGAAGCCCAAUUUCCCGUCUUACAAAGUCAUGGUCGACUGAACAUCGAGUUCAAGGUUGAUUGUGGACUCUCUUUGUUAGACAUGCUCGCUGUGAAUCCGUAUUAGAGAUGCCACGAGACAUGCUGACGUGUCCUUCCUUGGCCUUUCCUUCUUCCUCUCAUGUCUACAUACUGCUUUUCCCUUCCCUCUCUUAAUUUCUCUUCCCUACGCAACACUUUGGGCAUCAAUGCUCAAAUGAUGUCAAGUUCAUGUUCUCAAUGCGGACGAUGACACGUCGAUCAAGGCACUGACUCACGUUCAUGAGGGGUGGCUCUCAACGACGACUGAGCUACACUGAACGAGGGAUCGUUAGGAUUGGUCUAGGUCGCGGUGUCGUUUU